AUGGCCACUUGCUUAGUCCUUUUACGUCUUCUUUUCUCGCUUCUUGUUAUUUGGGGUUCAGCUGUCCAAAUCCAUGGCGUUGAACUUGGGAUUAACUAUGGUCAGAUUGCCAACGAUCUCCCAUCACCCACUCUAGCAGCUGUGCUGCUUCAAUCUCUCAAUGUCCAUAGGGUAAAACUAUUUGAUGCUGAUCUCAAUGUCCUAAUUGCCUUUUCCAAUUCUAAUAUUGAGCUCAUUAUUGGACUUGGCAAUGAGGACAUUCAAAAAAUGACUGUUCCCACAGAAGCUGAAAAUUGGAUUCAACAGAAUGUUCAGCCCCAUAUCCCUCAAACCAAAAUCACUUGCAUCGCUGUCGGAAACGAGGUCUUCAGCAGUAAUGAUGCCCAGUUAAUGUUCAACCUUCUCCCAGCAAUGAAAAUGAUUCAUAAAACUCUUGUGAAUCUUGGAUUAGAUAAACAAGUGAUGAUCACUACUCCACAUUCUUUUAACAUCUUGGAAAAUUCCUAUCCUCCUUCAUGUGGCACUUUUCGAGAAGAUCUUGCUGAAUACAUCAAGCCUUUAUUGAGUUUUCUUUCUCAAAUCAAGUCGCCUUUCUUUAUCAAUGCGUAUCCAUUUUUUGCAUACAAGGCUGACCCGACUCAGAUUUCUCUGGACUAUGUACUUUUCCAGCCUAACAAAGGGAUGAAAGAUCCAACUACUAAUUUGCUUUAUGAUAACAUGUUGUAUGCUCAAGUAGAUGCCGUGUAUUCAGCAAUGGGGCACACGGAUAUUGAAGUUAAGAUUUCAGAAACAGGCUGGCCAUCGAAGGGUGACCCUGAUGAGGUGGGAUCAACACCAGAAAAUGCAAGGCUAUAUCAUAGUAAUUUGAUCAAAAGAAUUCAGGAGAAGCAAGGUACACCGGCAAAACCAUCAGUCCCGAUAGAAGUAUAUGUUUCCGCACUCUUUAACGAGGAUUUAAAAACUGGUCCAACAUCUGAAAGGAACUAUGGACUCUUCUAUCCUGAUUGUUCCCCAGUUUAUAAUAUUGGAUUGCAGGAUCAUUUUCCUACUAAUGGAGUAGUUUAUUCUUCAGCAGUAUCCAAUAUAAAUGCAUUGUCUGUCUUUAGCUUGCUGAUCUUUGUUAUGGCGUACGUAAUCCUUGUUUAG